AUGCAUAUGUGUGAGUGUGGGUGUUUAUUGGCCUUUCCUUCUUUCUUUUCCUUUGACAUUUUCACAUGCAUAUGUGUGACAUUGGCCUUUCCUUCUUUCUUUUCCUUUGACAUUGUCACAUGCAUAUGUGUGAGUGUGGGUGUUUAUUGGCCUUUCCUUCUUUCUUUUCCCUUUGACAUUGUCACAUGCAUAUGUGUGUGGGUGUUUAUUGGCCUUUCCUUCUUUGUUUUCCCUUUGACAUUGUCACAUGCAUAUGGUGAGUGUGGUGUUUAUUGGCCUUUCCUUCUUUCUUUUCCUUUGACAUUUUUCACAUGUAUAUGUGAGUGUGGGUGUUUAUUGGCCUUUUCCUUCUUUCUUUUCCCUUUGACAUUGUCACAUAACGUUCCAUCUAUUUUCCUUUCUCACGAUUUCUUUCCGCUAUCUUCAUUAUCGAUUUUCUUCUUUUCUCUCUUCUUCUUCUCUGCACUUAAUCUCCUUUUUUUCUUAGUCAUUUUAUCUCUCGAUUUUCUUCUCUCACGAUAUCCUUUUAUUUCUUUUUACCGAUUUCAAUCUUUUUCUUUUCUUUUUUUUUCAUCCCUUCUUUAUUCUUUCUUCUCUUCGUCUCCCUUUUCUUUUUUGUCGGCUCCCUUUCCCAUUUUCUCUUUAUCACUUUUUAUUUCUUCCUCAUAUUCUUUUAUUUUUUUACAGUUUUCUCUUUUUUCCUUUCUUACUACGGCUCUCUUUUUCUUUUUUUCUUCAUCUUCCUUUUUCCUUUCUACUCCUCCCCAAUUCUCUUUCCUUUUUUUCUUCAUCACUUUUGUAUUUCAUCCUCAUACUCAUUUUUUAUAUUUUUCUCUUUUUUCUUCCUUGUUCCCACCGUUUCUCUUUUUCUUGAUUUCAUUUCCCUUUACCCUUUUUACCUCUACUCUCUUUUCCUUCUUUUCUUAUCCCUCUUUCUCAUUUCUACACUUUCUUUCUUUUCUAUUUAUUCUCCAUUUUCCUUAUUACAUCCGUUUUUGUUUUUCUUUUCUCUACUUCCGCUUUUCCUCUUUUUAUCUUCCUUUUCUUUUUUCUUUCUUCUUUUCAGCCUCUUUUCAUUUUGAUACCCGCUUUUUUCAUUUUUUUCUCUUAAUCUCUCUUUUUUUAUUUCUUCCCCAUAUUCUCUUUUACAUUUUUCUCUUUUCCUUCUUUCUCUUCAUUUCUCUUUUCCUUUUCACCCCUUCUCAUUUCUUCUUUCUUUUCAUUUCUACCGCUUCUACACCCGCUACCCUUUUCCCUUUUUCUCUUCUUUACUCUUUUCACUUUUACCCACCAUUCUCUUCUUUCUUUUCAUUCCUCUUUUUGUUUUAUACUUUCUCCUCCAUUUUUUUCUUUCUUUUUCUUCAUCCCACUUUUUCCUUUCUUUCACCCUUUCCGUUUUUCUUUUCUUUUCAUUUCUCUUUUUCCUUUCUACACUUUUUCACUUUUUCCUCCUUCAUUUCAUUUCUAUUUCACGUUUUUACCCCCCACUUCUCUUUUUAUUUAUCUUUUUCUUCCUCUUUAUCCAAUUUUUCUCUUUUUCUUCUUUUAUUUCUUUGUCCUUUCUACCUACGCUUCACUUUUUCAUUUUUCUUCGUCAUUCCUUUUUUCCACCUUUUCUGUUUUCUUCUUUCUUUUCUUCCUCUUUUUUUUUACGUUUCUCUAUUUCUUUUCUCUUUAUUCUUUUUUUUUUCUUCUUCUAACCUGCUUCUUUUUUUCUUUUCUCUAUUCUCUUCCCUCCUGUUUUUUCAUUCUUCCAACUUUUCUAUUUUUUUUCUUUUUAUUCGUCUGUUUCAUUUGUUACCCUUUUUACUUUUUCUUUUUCUCUUCAUUUCUUUUUCCUCUGAUUCCUUUUCCUUUUUUAUUGAUGCCAUUUCUUUCUUUUUAGCAUUUUAUUACCCUUCUCAUUACCAUCAUUAUAAUCCUAUAUCAACCAACCCGUUAUUAUUACCAACAAUGUCAAAAAUGCUCGCUACUGUUGCUGCUACUACUACGACCACUGUCAGAGUCUCUCUCUCUCUCUCUCUCUCUCUCCCUCCCUCUCUCCCUCUCUCUAUAAUCGAAAGUUCUGUAUUUUGUUGGGACGAAAAAAUAGGUGUGGAUGGAAGGAAAUAUGAUGAAUGA